AAAGUGACGUAGCAGGAUCCUUCUCAUUAGUUUGCCAUGGGCAGCUCGCAAAAUUGAGCAAAGUUGUUUGAGCUUAGAAAUUGUAUGAAGCUGGCAGGCCUCCUCGUGCCAGUCCCCCUUCUCUCCCCAGCUGCGCUGCCCUCGGCCCCAAGAUCCAUGACGGUUGCUGACGGAGACGCUUUGGCGCUCAUCAUGCCCGUCCGAGCGGAGUGCUGCGCUACACCCGGGCCGGCCUGCCCAUCCCCGGCCUCUCUUGUGCCCCCAGCCCCGAUCAACACCCACCAGCCGGGGGUGGCCACUUCGCUGCUCUACAGCGGCUCGCAGUUUCGGGGAUACCAGAAGAGCAAAGGCAACUCCUACGACGUCGAGGUGGUUUUGCAGCAUGUGACCAUAGAGGAUUCCUAUUUGUGUGGAUACCUGAAGAUCAAAGGCCUGACAGAGGAGUAUCCCACUCUCACAACGUUCUUCGCCGGUGAAAUUAUCAGCCGAAAGAGGCCCUUUUUAACUAGGAAGUGGGAUGCAGAUGAGGAUGUGGACAGAAAGCACUGGGGAAAGUUCCAGGCUUUUUACAAAUAUGCCAAAAACUUUAACUCUGAUGAAUUUGACUAUAAAGCCCUGGAAGAGGGCGAUUAUAUAUUUAUGAGAUGGAAGGAGCAGUUUCUAGUCCCGGAUCACACGAUCAAAGACAUCAGCGGUGCCUCCUUUGCAGGCUUCUACUACAUCUGCUUCCAGAAGUCCACCGCUACAAUUGAGGGCUACUACUACCAUAGAAGCUCAGAGUGGUACCAGUCUCUGAGCCUAAACCACAUUCGAGAGCACAGUAUGCCUAUUUACGAGUUCCGGUGACAUAGACGCACGGGAAUACCGAGCGACGGAAGAAGACCGUUGGAGACGCCCUGUGAUUGACUGGGAUGGGAAUGACGGAGACCCUUUUAUUGCCAAGAAUCAAGGUGACCUGUUCUCCUCACAGAAGCGGAGGGGGAGAGUUCACAAAGGGGGCCAGACACUCCUCUGCUGGACUGAAAGAAAGUCACAGAUGAAGAUGAAUCAACACAAAUGGCUGCGAGGCAUGGACAGAUGCACAGCUGCUGCAGAACCUAUGUUUAGUUAAAAUUUUAAUUUGUCCUGUUUUUAUUUAAGGGUUAUCUGAUCUCUUUGCACUUUCAAGCCGUCUCCCUGUGGCGGGAGAUCAGAAUUCUAGGUUUUCCUUGAAAGGAAAGACUGGCGAUGGCCUUUCAGUUAGCGCAAGAGAAAAGAUAAUGGGACGGUUUAUUCCUUGAAGCUUGAUUUCUUAAGUCUUAUUUUAAGGAUAAAAAAAUAUAUGUAUAUGGUCACUUUGAUGCCCAAGGUUCAUUGCCAAAACAAAAGAAAAAAAGAAGAUGCCCGAGUCUUAUGUUAUAUGCAAGAUCUGCAGGACUGUACGUUAUCAGGAAAUCUGGGGUGAUCUGAGUAAAAUCCAACGUCUGAGGGUGAUAGAGCUGGAUUAUUUUUUUUGUAGGAGAGAGUCACUGAUACCCUUUUUCUCUUUGAAAGAAUUCUCUGAGAACACUGAUUGUCUGUUUGAAAAAUUGUUCUAAUACUAGAAUUUCUUACACUAACUGUAAGUUUAAUACCUUUAAUGACACUUUAUUUACUAGCAAUCAGGAAUGAAAUGUGGACAAAGACAACAGACGUAUUCAAUAAUAUGUAGAGCUGAAGCACAUGCGGUGGAACGUUCAGAUGCACGUUUGGUUGGUGAUACAAAUGAUUAAAAAAAAAAAAAAGCUGUUUUUUGCAGCAUCAGAGCAUCAGGAAAGGGAUCCCUCGGUAUGGCACAAGGAUUGUAACUGGGAGAGUCGACAUGCAAAGCAACAGAAGAAAUGCAGGGUCGUCAAACUGUGAGCCUGAGAUGGUGGGCUGUGGAUAACCCCCCCUCCCCUUAGUUCAUUUUACCACUUAACAAUAUGACGCAGCUUUCGGAAACGCUUUCCUUGUACAGGGUGAAAAUUACGUUUUGUUUUAAGCGCCUUUUGUAAUUACUGGAGGAGUAAUUGGGAACGAAUAAAAACCGCUUUGUUGCUUUAGGAAACUUGCUGCCUUACAUUUUUAAACCUUUUCUUUGAAGUCAUUAUCUGGCUUGUGUUUUAUUUGGGGAAAAAAAUUACAUGAACAUUUCUGUUUGUGAUACAUUUUCUUUUUUUUUUUAUUUUAUCAUCUGAGGGUUCAUUUAGUUUGACGUAAAAUGUGUGUCUUGUACUCAACUUAUCCAGGAUACUGUUGGGACUGCUAUUCUUUUAACCCUGGUGUUUUACAAUCCUGAAUAUGUCAAAGUAAUUUUUUCCAUCAAUCAUGCAAUAGGAAAAAAAAAAAUGGAAAUGUGCAAUCUGAGAA